UCAGUCACUUCAUUCUUAUUUUAUUUCAUUGAUUCAUUCGUUCUAUUGAUAAUGAUAAGGUAGCUCUACUUAUGGCGUUGUAGGAGUCGAUUGAUUUAUUUUUACAUUUUACAUGUAAUAGUUUUACUUCAUGACGCUAAUCUCAUUCGAGAUUUCAGCAUUUAAUCCUUAUUUAUGUGUUAGAAUCGUGUGAUGCGCGUUGUGAUUCUUCGGUGAUAACGAAUAUUUCUUUGUUUUUUUUUGCCCAGCAUAUGUUGGACUACUUUUGUUCGUUGCAAAUUACGCGUAACAAAUUUGUGGACACGCGCACAAUGAUUUCGUCAACAAAUUGUGAUAACUUAGGUCCAAAUCGUUGCAAGGGAACCAGAAGUCAUUCGGCUCAAGGUCUGGCGAGUGUCGUGUCUAGUCCUGCGAUGAAGAUACCGUUACCGCCCCGUCCAUGGAUCACAGAUGCUGAAGAUGAUUCAUCAGACGACAUUGAUGGUGUAAUACGAGAAGAAGGAAUGAUUUCCAUGGAAAGAACCAGAAUGAGGUCCAGAUAUCGACACCACAAACAAAGACAGAUGAACAUACCUAUUGGUAUAUUUUGGGAUAUUGAAAAUUGCCAGAUACCGCGAGGAUGUUCAGCCAUAGAGCUGGUGGCUGCUAUACGAGCGAAGUUCGUAAGAGACGGGAGGAGAGAAGCAGACUUCGUUGUAGUUUGUGACGUCAGGAAGGAGACAACUUCGCGACUUUUAGAACUUAAUGACGCUCAAGUGAGCUUAAUACACGUAUGUAGGACGCAAAAGAACGCGUCGGAUGAUAAACUAAGGCAGUGCAUGAGGAGGUUUGGUGACCUCCACUCAUCACCUGCCGCCAUUCUAUUGAUCUCAGGAGAUAUUGACUUUGCCGCUGAUUUGACUGACUUCAGAUAUAGGAAAAACAUGGAAGUGAUAUUGGUGCACAAAAACAACACAUCUGCAGCUUUAAUUGCCUGCGCCAGUUCACAUUAUUGCUUUGACGAAAUUGCCUCUACUCUGCCCAGAAAGGUGUCGAAAAGCGAGGACGAAACGCCGACGUGCGAGGUGGAAGUAUUGAACCUGCCUAUCCAUCAACCCCCGGAGCUCGUGUCUAUCAGGCUCCGCCAUCUCGCCAAGAAGUGCGGUGGGAAAGUGAUAUCGGUCACUGCGCCUACUGCCGUGCUAAGGUUUUCUACGCCGGACCAUGCUUCAAGAGCAUUAAUGCGUAUGGAUGGAGAGGAUGUGUAUGGGCGUAAGAUUAGCACGCGGUAUGCUCGCAACACGGUGGCGCCGACGUAUUCUAGUGAUGAGGGCUACAGCACCGCCCCGGCGUCAUAUCAGCAGCCUAGCUUCGUGCCGCCGCCGCCUCAGGUAUGUUCAUCACCACACGAGGUGAACGCGUUUGGUACGCCUUGCAUCUCCAAAGAGUGGGCGUUGGCGCUGCAACAGCUGCCGGCGCCCACCCCGCCGCCGCACGACUUCUGCCCCCCGCCCGCGCCUAAACCUAGGAAGAUUAGAGGCACGCAUGGAUCUGUAAACCUGGACCGGUCAGGUUGUUCGUCAAGCAACAGCGGGGAGGGUCGGAAUCGGGAGCACAGCGCGAGUCGUGCCGUGUCUCCGUGGAACUCGUCUGCUAGCUUCAGCGAACACAGCGAGACUGAGGAGUCGACGGCCGAACUGACUGUUACUAACCUACCUCCUUAUGAAGCUGCGGUGCUGCAGGAAAUGCUGACCAAGCUAUUCAACCAGUAUGUGCCAGUCGUUCGGGUUUCCGUAUGGGCCGCCGGAGAGGGUCCUCUAGCGACCGUAGUACUACGCUCAGAGUGGGACGCGAGGCUGGCUAUCGCACGCAUCCACAAGCGUCGCCUAGACAACCAGUGGACCGGCCGUCGUCUAGAACUUUCUCUAGGCAAACCAUCACCCGCUCCCAACGUAGAUGUUCUAAGAGCCCGUCUUAGAGCCAUCCUUCUAGACCAAAAGAACCACACAUUACCGUUACUAAGAUUAAGGGAUGCCUACGCAAGUCGCCAUUGUUGCGCCCUAACUACAUCGGACAUUGCCAAGCUCAAGGAUACCGUUGUCAUACACGAAGGGUUCGGUCGAAUGGUUCAGCUCGUAGACCUAACACCGGUGUCGAACUCUGAAAUGGAAGAGGCUCCCUGGAAGUGCCACAUACACGCUUCUAUGAGCACGGGGCAGGAAGACGGUAGCCGUAUCUUGCAGCCAGUUUAUAUGGAGAUCUCCACUUUGGCCAAGAAUGUACGCCUUUUGCUGGAGACUCAUGGAGGGAUUUUGCCUUUGUUAAGUUUCGUAGAAUGCUACGAGGCUCGGUUCGACAAGUUGGUAUGUGACGCUCGCCGCGGCGUGGCUCUGGAGAUGUUGUUGCGUAGUAUUGAAGGGUUGGAAGUACGUGAUGCGCCGUCUCGACACAUUACCUGGAAGAACUCCUCGCUUGCACUCACGCCACCACUUGCGAAUACUGAUAACAGCGAAAGCUCCCGUUCUAGCGGCGAACGCGAGCGCCUACGCACGGCGCCAGCUCUCGAGCCGAUGCUGGCGCUGUUCGAACGAGAACUCAUUGAUCUGCUGCGUACCGCGCCUAGGUGCUCCAUACCGUUCAGCAAACUGAUACCUGCCUUCCAUCAUCAUUUCGGUCGUCAAUGUCGCGUGGCCGACUAUGGGUUCACCAAGUUACCGGAUUUACUCGCUGCUCUCGGCAAUACUAUCGUGGUGCUCGGCUCAGGAUCUUCACGAAUCAUAACCAUAUCACCCGCGGCUCAAAGCCGUCGCUGGACUUUAGAUCUCUUGAAGUUGAUGAGAGCUCAACCGGGCCGCACGGUGCAAAUGCACGACAUACCUCAAUUGUACCUCACUACUGCCGGACGUCCGUUUUCCCCUGUUGAUUAUGGCGUAUGUACUAUUGGGGAGUUAAUGCAACGUGUGAAUCCUGAAAUGAUCACUGUUAACGGUGAUGGAACUAUCUCUCUGCCCCGUCGCACCCCGACCAUUGAGGAAAAGUCGCGCUCACGGCAGUUCGCUUUGCAGGCGGUGGAGCUACUGGGUCACACGCCGAACCUACGCAUGGAGUUCUCUCGCUUCGUGCCCGCGUACCACGCGCACUUCGGGCGACAACUGCGCGUGGCUCACUACGGCUGCGUCAAGUUAGCCGAGCUGUUGGACCUGACGGCCGCCGUGCGAGUCAGUGACGCGACUGCUGAGCGCAGUGUGAGGCUGGCGCUAGGGCCUGCCCGCUCAGUGAUCGCCCGUCGUCUGAGAGCUCUGCCUGCUGUGGCGCUGGCCCAUCUGCCCGCGCACUACGCGCAUCACUACGGCGCCCCGCCAAUGCCCGACAUGUUAGACGCUGAGACAUUGGAAGGUCUAGUCUACGCCGCUGGGGGCUGCGUAGAGAACAACUUGGUAGUAGCUCCGGGAGGCUCGCCUGUUUGGGCGGCGUCACUACUGGCCGCUUGUGCGGUCCUCAGUGCAGACAGGAGCAUCGCUAGAGGUUCCACUCUGGAGUACUUCACGGCUGCGUACAAACGCGUCCGGGGCUUCGAGCCGGACUUGAGGCAUUUGGCAGCAGCUGGAGUCCUGAUGGCUAGUGACCAGCGCCUCAACCUGUCCCCGGCUUGGAGAGCCGUGUGGCGUCUAGCUCAACUGAUGUCCGACCAUGCCCCGGCAACCGCUGAAGAACUGUUCGUAGAGUACUCCAGGCGAUAUGAGCCUGCGUUCCCGGGAGUUGAUCCUGGUGCAGAAGGACUGGUAGAUUUCCUUCGUCAGUACAUGGAGAUAUUCACGGAGACGGACAACGGUCGCUGGACGCUGUGCCCCGGCGUCGUAGUGCCGCGCUGUCGCGAGCUCGUGCCCGGGCCAUCUCACGAGGAUUACUCCGUACAUGAUACCCCGCCCGGACAAAAGGGCUCUCGUGUUUUUGAAUCGCCAAAGACCAAUAUAUGGUGUUCCCCACCGGCCAGCGCCUUGCCUACACCAACAGCUCUGCUGAACCAUGAGAACCGACGUCGUGUCCGCCUGGCGGCUCACUUCGACGUCUCUUAAUCCCACCGCGUCGUAUAAGAAGAUGCAUUCCUUUAUAUUUUUGAUGUAGGUUAGUAUUACUCGUGUUCCAAACGCGACACCUGAAACUUUGGAGUGAUGUGAAUCAGGGUCGCAACGAAUUUUAACUACUAGACUUAUGUAAGUGUCCAAUAAAUUGUGAUGUCUGUAACAAUAAUAUUUUAGAUGUUUAUAUUUUUAUGUGUUUAUUUAGUAUAAGAAAUCAAUUAUGGUGCAUUCGUCAAAUGUUCAAAGUGCCGAUUGAAAACUAAUGUCCCAUGUCUAUGUACAAUGUAAAGGUAAGUCUUAAGAAUCAUCUUGACCGAAAUCUUCUAAUAUUUCUUAAUGUAUGAACUAAUGUUUUAUUUUAUUGACUAACGCUAUUUUAUAUGUAUCCAAAUGAGUCGGUUUCGUGUGUGUUGUUAUGGUCUCUCAUUGUUACCUGAUGAACUAUCUAUAAAAUUGUUUAGAACUUAUGAACAGUGUAACUGCAUAACUCUAUCAAUUUUGUACAUUAUUUUAUCUUUUGACAUUUAUAUAUUAUUUUUCUUAGUUUUAUAUUUCCGUGGCUCUUCAUGUAACAAAGGACUGAACAAGCUUCAAAUGAUACUUUAAGGUACUUAUAAGUUUAUGAAAGAUCUACAGUAUAUUGUCUACGUAAUAAUGUUAAGUAGAUGAUGUUACUGCCAUUGAUACGAUUAAAACAAUAAUAAACACUAAAUGUACAUAUCAUUGAUUUGAGGCUCAAAAUAUGUUAAGAAUAGUUGCUAAGUUUUAUUAAAUAAACAUCUCGAGCACUUGUAACAUUUUUCGGAUGCCCACACAAAGUACAAUGAUCAUACAAUAUGUUGAUUCUUGUCCUAGAGUUUUAUCUUCUAUAAUAUAUUUCGGCCACAAAUCUAUUUGCAUGUAACUUGCUUGUGUAUUAACUCUCAAUAUUGUCUAAAGUUAUUGUACAGGCGAAUUUAAUUUCUCUUUCGUAGUUAUAUCACAUUCGAAUUUAUGUAAUUUUAGAUAACAUUUACAUUCAUGGUGAUGAAUUACGUAAUAGUUACGCCAGUUUAUUGUUGAAUCUCACACUGUUGCGAACUGGCCUUAUAGACGUGUCAAUUAAUAACGUUCAAAGGUUUUAUAAGAGUAUUCAAUGAAUGUAGAUGUAGGUGAUAUUAUUGCUUUGAUAGAAUAUGCUCGUGCCUAAAUUGCGAUGAUGCUUUAAUUUAUGACAAUCGUUUGUUUCUCUUAAAUUAAAUUUCUUAGUUCCACAUAGUAUUUAUAAAGAAAGACUCUGACUUAAGUUCCAUUUACUGUAGUAACAAUAAAGAUGAUUGAUGAUGUAUUUUAAAUGAUUCGCUGUUAAUAUUGGCUUAAUCACGCACAUAAAAUGAUUUAAGCUUGGUUUGUAGCGAGCGAAGCUAAGUUAUAAUUUAUGCCAAAGCAAUAGUUUUAACUUACUAGGCCAAAUUGGCCUGUACCAAAUAUUGUAAAAAAAAUAAGAACAAAAGUACACAGUAAGCAAGUUUAGAUCAUUUUGUAAAUGGGGAUUAAUUUAUUUUGUCUUUCUAACAUCCCAAACCGAUGUUUCAUGGUGUUAUUGUACCUUAAUUUUAUUUUUAUAGAUCUAAAAGAAAUCUAAUGAGGUUGGUCUGUCUAACAUAUGUUUUAAACGACAGCUGACCUACAAUAGGCGGUAGUGAUAUUUUGUUUAGUUUGAAUUAAUUAAUGAAUAGUAUUAUCAGAUUUAUUUAAAUAAAUAUUGGAGGUGAUGAGAUAAUGAUAAAAAGUUGUAAAUACCACAAUUUGUGAUUUUAAUGUGUAUUUUAAGGCAUUACCACUGUGAUACUUCUGUACCAUUGAAUGCCAUAAUUUGGUUCCAACUCAAUAUAAUGUAAUCACAAAUAUUUUCUAGUACGUGCAAACGUUUUGUAAUCAUAAGUCGACUACAUAUUUUCGUAGGUAUGUAUGUAUAUAGUGUACAUAAUAUUGUCAUUUUGAUUAUUAAAUUGGUACAAAGUAUGAACAUUUUAGUAAUAAAAUAUUAUACAUUCAACAAUGUGGAACUAUGAUAUUUAAUUGUUAAAUUAUUUACAGAUAAUUCAUUUUAUAUAUUUUAUGUAAGCGGGAUCUUGCAUAUUAAAGUAUAUUUUUUCAAUGCAAUUAAUUUUACAUUUGUUACACUGCCAGUCCGCAUUUAUAAUCAGUAUUGGCCAUCAGAUCUAUCUAUCAUUCUAUCAAAAUGAGAUAUUUUAAGUAAGAUUCUAUCGAUUAAUUUUAUGACCAUUAUGAUUGUCAUGUAAGUUCUGAAUGUGAUUGCGUUCACAUAAGGCCAGAGUACUGUCCAACGUUUUAAUAAAUGUUACUUAAGAUUUUUAUUAAUUACCAAGUUCUCUAAGACUGUAGUGAAGAUACAUUUAAGUACUUUAUAAGCUGUUGUUUUAUUUUCUGACCAAUAACUAUGUAUUUUGUAACAGUAAGAUAGAGUUAAGUAUGCAUUCGGAGUUCAUUACGUAACGAUGUAACAUUAAUAUUAUUUUUCCUACAUCUUCGUAAUUCUGUGAUUAUUUGUUAUAGUUUUAACUAGUGAAUCGAUGUAUUUGAAUUAGAGUUGUUUCAGUAUUGCAUGUAUGAUGAAUGUGUCGGAAAAUAAAUGUUAUUUUUUCAAUAAUA